AGUUUACUCUAGCUGUUCAACGCCACUUGCUCUCUCUCAUAUCUGAUUUCAAGGACAUUCCUCUCUCUCUCGCGCCCAAAAUAUUACUAAUAUAUAGCAAACAUUGAAAUGUCGAUCUGUACUCCAUCGUCUUCGUCUACGUCGUCUGGAUCUUCAACAUCUACCAAGGCAUGGAUUGUGCACGGCCUGGUGGUCGGAGCUGCAGUUGCGGUGGCUCUAGGCUCUCACGCCUACCUUUAUCUCCGCCGAUCUGCGAAGUUUCGGAGCCGUGUCGUUGGAAUUAUACCUGCUCGUUUCGCUUCCUCUCGCUUCCAAGGCAAACCUCUUGUUCAAAUCCUGGGAAAGCCCAUGAUCCAGAGAACAUGGGAAAGAGCAAAACUGGCAUCCACAUUGGAUCGAGUUGUUGUGGCUACGGAUGAUGAAAAGAUUGCUGACUGCUGUCGAGGAUUUGGCGCUGAUGUGAUAAUGACAUCAGAAUCUUGUAGCAAUGGUACUGAGCGCUGCAAUGAAGCACUUCAAAAGCUUGAGAAGAAGUAUGAUGUCGUUGUUAAUAUUCAGGGGGAUGAACCUCUUAUUGAACCUGAAAUAAUAGAUGGUAUUGUCAAAGCACUUCAGGCCGCCCCAGAUGCAGUGUUUAGCACUGCAGUCACGUCUUUGAGACCUGAAGAUGCAUUUGAUACAAAUCGGGUGAAAUGCGUAGUGGAUAAUCAUGGUUAUGCAAUUUAUUUUUCAAGAGGAUUGAUUCCACAUAAUAAGUCAGGGAAGGUCAAUCCCCGCUUCCCAUAUUUGCUUCAUCUUGGGAUCCAGAGCUAUGAUUCAAAGUUCCUCAGGAUAUAUCCGGAGCUGCCUCCUACUCCGUUGCAACUAGAAGAGGACCUGGAACAAUUAAAAGUUCUUGAGAAUGGGUAUAAGAUGAAGGUGAUAAAAGUUGAUCACGAGGCUCACGGUGUUGAUGUCCCAGAAGAUGUUGAGAAGAUAGAAGCUUUUAUGCGUGAGAGAAAUUUGUCUUAGUUGCAAAUGAACCUAGAGAAAGCGAGCCUAGCAUGCACUGGCAAGAAGCAGCUCUCAUUUAAUUUUUACACUUGCUUCAGUGGCAUUCUUCUUCAUCAUCAUCUUCUUCAUCUAGAGGCUAUAGCUUUCUGGCCUGACCAGACGAAACGAUUGAAAGUAGUAUAUAAGUUAAUCAUUUUCCUUUAUUCGAUAGAGUUAAGAGCUUGCAAUGUCUACAAACCACUUUAUGGCCCCUUUUCUUCCUAGUACCAGGCUGUUGAAAUUCAAAGUUUCAUGUACUUUCAUAUUCUGUUCAUCUCUUUUUAUAUAGUUUUGCUGAACUAGAAUGUACUAUUCUUAAUUUGGAAUCAAUGAUCAUGAUAUUUAAUGAGAA